GGAGUGGUGUUGACUAUGUCAGUUCAUGCAGAGAUUUCGUCGUCCAUGCUGAGAACGUUGUGCCGCUCUGACAGAAUGAAUAGCUCAAAUCCUGGGCGCCAGUGUCAAUAUUGAAUGGAUAGUAAAGCAGCGAGGACGACACACGCUCGCCAUCCCAAAUCAAUAGGUUAGCCAACUCUGAAUUUUGCGCUUUGCAGUUCGCAUGUUAGGCGCCAUUACAGACAGACCAAGGAACGAGGAAAGGGAACGAGCAUGCUGCUGUUGAUAGUCAGCGAAGCAGUAAUACGAGGAAGAGGGGAAAACAGAACCAUUUCCUGUGCCUGUUCCCACUAUUUCCCUUCUUCGACGUCUGGAGAGAUAAAGGUCCUGGAAAGAGAGGCGCAACGACGAAAAGAGGAGCGCCCUUAUGUGGAGGGCUGCAUGGACGUUGAGGGCGAGGAAGGAAAGAGGCUGUGACUCGGAAUGUG